AAGGCCCCUAGGAAGGUACUGCUCCCCGAUUCUGUGCAAGCCUUUCCAAGAUGAAGCUGCCAGGCCCGGAGGAAUUUGAAGCUUCCACUGCUCAUGAAAAUGUUCCUCCAGCAGAGCUACACAGUGGCUUUGGCCCUAAUGCCAGCCCUGAUGGCCCCUCAGACAUAGACAGCAGGGAGCUGGUGAUAUCGGAGGACCCUCUGCUCUUCAUUCAGUUGAAUGAGUUGUUGGGUUGGCCUCAGGCACUGGAAUGGAGAGAGACGGGCAGGUGGGUGCUGUUUGAGGAGAAGUUAGAAGUGGGUGCAGGCCGCUGGAGUGUCCCCCAUGUGCCCACCCUGACACUACCCAGCCUCCAGAACCUCCGCAGCCUGCUGGCUGAGGGCCUUGUACUGCUGGACUGUCCAGCUCAGAGCCUCCUGGAACUUGUGGAGCAGGUGAUUAGAGUGGAAGUGCUGAGCCCAGAGGUGAGAGGACAGCUGCAGGCCCUGCUGUUGCAGAGACCCCAGCACCACAUCCAGCCUUCAGCCACCAGGCCCUGCUGGGGGUCUACCCUUCUACAAAAUACUUCUCAUGAUGAGGAUGUUCCCCUGAAGGCUCAGAACCCCUUGAAACAGAGGUUGCCACCAGGGGCUGAAGCAGCAGCUGUGCUGGCAGGACAGCUGGGUUUCCUGGCACAGCCACUGGGGGCCUUCGUGAGACUUCAGAAUCCAGUGGUGCUGGGGCCCCUAACUGAGGUGGCCCUACCCAGCAGGUUUUUCUGUCUCCUCCUGGGUCCCCCCACCACAGGAAGGUGUAGCUACCAUGAGAUGGGUCGGGCAGCAGCUGUUCUCCUCAGUGACCCGCAAUUCCAGGGGUCAGUUCGUCGAGCCAGUGACCUUCAUGACUUCCUGGCAGCUCUGGAUGCUUUCCUAGAGGAGAUGACAGUGCUCCCCCCAGGUCGGUGGGACCCGACAGUCCGGAUUCCCCCACCCAAAUGCCCGCCCUUUCAGCACAAAAGGCUUCCCUCGCACCCGCGGGAGGUCAAGGGCCGCGCAGGGCGCAGGCACCCCCGUGGGCCGCCAGAGUUGCAGCGGAGUGGCCGGUUGUUUGGGGGUCUUGUCCAGGACGUGCACCGGAAGGCCCCGUGGUACCUCAGCGAUUUCUUGGAUGCCCUGCACCCCCAGUGUUUCUCAGCUGUGCUCUACAUUUACCUGGCCACCGUCACGAAUGCCAUCACUUUCGGGGGUCUGCUGGGAGAUGCCACUGAAGGUGCCCAGGGAGUGCUGGAGAGUUUCCUGGGCACCGCGGUGGCUGGAGCUGCCUUCUGCCUGAUGGCAGGCCAGCCCCUCACCAUCCUGAGCAGCACAGGACCAGUGCUCGUCUUCGAGCGCCUGCUCUUCUCCUUUAGCAGAGAUUACAGCCUGGACUACUUGCCCUUUCGCCUGUGGGUAGGCAUCUGGGUGGCCACAUUUUGCCUGGUGCUGGUGGCCACAGAGGCCAGCUUGCUGGUGCGUUACUUCACCCGCUUCACAGAGGAAGGGUUCUGCGCCCUCAUCAGCCUCAUCUUCAUCUACGACGCCCUGGGAAAAAUGCUGACCUUGGCGCGUGCCUAUCCUAUCCAAAGGCCAGGGUCCCCUGCAUAUGGCUGUUUCUGCCAAUACCCAAGCCCAAGAGAAAAUGAGUCUCAAUGGACCAUGGUGAAGCUAGAAGACAGAGAUGACAUCUUAAGCAUAAACCUAGGCUUGGUCAAUGCAUCCUUACUGCCUCUGCCUGAGUGUGUCCAGCAAGGAGGCCACCCUCGCGGCCCUGGCUGUCAUACCAUCCCAGACGUCGCUCUCUUCUCCUUCCUCCUCUUCCUUUCCUCCUUCCUUUCUGCCAUGGCACUCAAGCGUGUAAAGAGCAGCCACCUCUUUCCCUCCAUGGUGCGCAAGGUAUUCAGUGACUUUUCUUCUGUUCUGGCCAUCCUGCUGGGCUGUGGCCUCGAUGCAUAUCUGGGCCUUGCCACACCAAAGCUGUUGGUGCCCAAAGAAUUCAAGCCUACACUCCCUGGACGUGGCUGGUUGGUGUCUCCUUUUGGAACUAACCCCUGGUGGUUGAGUGUGGCAGCUGCCCUGCCUGCCCUGCUGCUGUCUAUCCUCGUCUUUAUGGACCAGCAGAUCACAGCAGUCAUCCUCAACCGUGAAGAAUAUAGACUGCGGAAGGGAGCUGGCUUCCACUUGGACCUGUUCUGUGUGGCUAUGCUGAUGCUGCUAACAUCAGCACUCGGGCUGCCCUGGUAUGUCUCAGCCACUGUCAUCUCCCUGGCCCACAUGGACAGUCUCCGUAGAGAGAGCAGAGCCUGUGUCCCUGGGGAGGCUCCCCACUUCCUGGGCAUCAGGGAGCAGAGGCUGACAGGCUUAGCGGUAUUCACCCUUACGGGUGUUUCUGUCUUCCUGGCGCCUGUGCUCAAGUUCAUCCCAAUGCCUGUGCUCUAUGGAAUCUUCCUGUACAUGGGGGUGGCAGCACUUAACAGCAUCCAGUUCAUGAAGAGAGUGCAGUUGAUGCUGAUGCCAGCAAAGCACCAGCCAGACCUGCUGCUCUUGCGGCAUGUGCCUCUGGGCAGGGUCCACCUCUUUACAGCCAUCCAGCUAGCCUGCCUGGGUCUGCUCUGGAUAAUCAAGUCUACCCCUGCAGCCAUUAUCUUUCCCCUCAUGUUGCUGGGCCUGGUGGGAGUCCGAAAGGCUCUGGAAUGGGUCUUCUCACCACAGGAACUACUCUGGCUAGACGAACUCAUACCAGAGGAGGAAGGGAGUACCCCUGAGAAGGAGCUGGAGCCAGAGCACUUGUUCAGCGGCAGUGACAGUGAGGACUCAGAGCUGAAAUAUCAGCCAAAGACUCCUGAAAUCAACAUUUCUGUGAAUUAGCUGGAGUAGGAGUCGGAGAGUGGAGACUCCAGAACACUGAGCAUGAGUUCACAGGCAUUUGACUCAGAAAGUGAAAACACUGGUGGCCUUGCUGGGAACCUGGAAGAGUACUGCAGGACUGAAGGGUGGCUGGCCAUACCUUCUGAAAUGGGGGUGGAAAGUGGCAGGAAGCCAAGGGUUUGGUGGUACUUAAGAAAGGGGAGUGAGUCACAGGGAUCAACCAGGUCUAUUCACUCCCUCUGUACACAUUAAAGUGACUUGAGUGCAGAAGUCUCUACCAUUUUUAA